AAUAGCAACGGGAAGCAGCGGUCGGCAAAAUAGACAUGGCGUCGAGCUCGUGGAAGGUUGCGCUGUUCGUUUUGGUAUGUUCUCUACAUAUCUGUUGUGGAGCUGAUCCCCAGCCCGAGCAGAUUCAUAUUUCAGCUACAGAUGUGUUGUCACUUGCAAGAGAACCCACAGAGAUGAUGGUCACAUGGGUGACAUUAGCAUAUACAAACUACACUAUUGUGGAAUACAACAAAGCUGGUUUUCCUCUGACAUUACGAGCGUCUGGUGGUGUUACUAAAUUUACUGACGGCGGAUCAGAACAUCGGGUGUUGUAUAUCCACAGGGUGAAACUGACAGGACUGGUUCCUGGUCAAAGAUAUGACUACCAUGUUGGUGGAUAUGAUGGCUGGAGUGGAUUGUAUCACUUUUUUGCCCUAAAGUCUGGUGAGGACUGGAGUCCAAGGAUAGCUUUUUAUGGAGAUCUAGGAAGUGUCAAUGCUAAAUCUAUAUGCCAUCUACAAGAAGACACACAGAACGGAUUAUAUGAUGCUGUUCUUCAUGUUGGUGACUUCGCUUACAAUAUGGAUUAUGUAAGUCUCAAAUCUUGUAUUACAAUUUUAAUUUGAUUUCAAUGUUACAUACCGGUAUGUGCAGUUACUUA